AUGUCCCACAAAAUCACCGUGACCCUGCCCCAGCUGGCCAAAAUGAUCGACCACUCCCUCCUGCAUCCGACCAUGACCGACGCCGACAUCCGUGCCGGCCUGCAGAUCGCCCGCGCCCACCACGUCGCCACCGCCUGCGUCAAGCCCUACGCCAUCCCGCUCGCCAAGCAAGAACUCGCCGGCUCGGACGUCCUCAUCUGCCCGGUCAUCGGGUUCCCGCACGGGAACAGCACGACCGAGAUCAAAGUCCUCGAGGCCACCGCCGCGGCCCAGGCGGGCGGCGCCGAGAUCGACAUGGUCGUCAACGUCGGCAAGGUCCUCGGCGGCGACUGGGUGUAUGUCACGGAGGAGAUCCGCCGGAUCAACGAGGCUGUCGUCGCCAACGGGGCCGCCCUCAAAGUCAUCUUCGAGAAUGAUUACCUGCAGCCCGAGCAGAUUGCGCGGCUGUGCGAGAUCUGCUCGCAGCUAGAGGUGGCGUUCGUCAAGACUUCGACCGGGUAUGGGUUUGUCAAGCAGGGGGAUGGGUCGUAUAAAUACAGGGGUGCGACCGUAGCGCAUUUGAAGUUGAUGCGGGAGAAGUCCGCGGAGAAGGUGCAGAUUAAGGCUGCCGGGGGCGUGAGGACCUUGGAUGAUCUGCUGCAUGUGAUGAGCUUGGGCGUGACACGUAUCGGGGCCACUGCGACGGUUGCCAUCCUGGAAGAGGCCAGGAAGCGGGGGAUUGGGAAUGAGCCGGUGGAGGUGGCGUUUAAGCCGAUGGUGGCGGAGGGGAUCACAGGCGGCUAUUAG